CAGAAUCCUCCAGGAACAGCAGCAGCUCGGUUCUGGUCUCACUUCCUGCUUGGUUCACUUUGGUUCCACUUUGAGUCGGAUCUGCAGCGAUUCGGGUCGACCAACAACUCUCAGAUCAGUGGGGGGGUGGAGCCAGCUGUCUCAGCAUGUUGCCCUGGGUGACGAUCCUGUUGGUGAUGAUGAUGAAGAGAAACACUGCCUCUGCUGACAUUACCAACGUAACUAGAACCAGCGGUGAGAGCCUCAAGCUGUUGCCUGACAUUCGAAGGGGGCGUAAGGGGAUCGAACUGCAUUUCAGGUGGACCCACCCCCGCCUGCUGCUGGACAACCAGAAUACCAGGUGUCACCACGGCCGCUGUGAGCUGCUGGAGGAUGGGUCGCUGAGCUUCAGCAGUGUCCAGCCAGAGGACUCUGGAGUCUACACCCUGGAGGUCUACAACCAACAGGGGUAUAGGCAACACAAGCAGGUGUUCCACCUGCAGGUGGAAGAAAGCAGUCAGUCCAGGAUGACUGCCAUCGUCUGCUCGCUCCUCCUGCUGCUAAUCCUGCUGCUCUUCAUCAUCUCCUUCCUCCUGUGGAAGAGGAGGCUUCUCAGGUCCAGCAUUUCAAGUGCAGCAGCCGGUGAAAGGGACACCCAGAUCUACAUGGCGAUGCAUGGUAACCAUGGCAACAAGGACCAAGAGGAGGGGGAAAAGAAGGAGGAAGAACCUAUUUAUGUUCCCUGUUAUCCUGCAGUUCCUGCUGAGCCGGCUGAGAACAUCUAUGUCUGACGGCCAAUCAGAGCGCUGCGCUGCAGAGAUAGCCAAUCAGAGCACUGCGGGGCCGGCACUCAGCUGUGAUUGGCUGAGCUGUUAAACUGUUUUCCCUUCUACCAAAUAAAAAAAAAAUGAACCCAGACUUUGAUGUUAGAACCUGCUGACAUUUUUCUCUUCAGGUCUGGCCCGGUUCCUGUCAGACAGAGCCAGGUCCUUUACAGCUUUUUCUGCUUGGUUCUGCUUCAUGUAUUCAGAACCAGACCUGGAUAAGGACUCUGUUCAUAAACCAGCUGCAGGUCCAGAUGGUCCCAGAGUCCUGAAGGUCCUGGAGGUACUGGAGGCCCGCUCUGUGACCCAGGAGAAGGUUCUGGUGAUGUUACACAUCCGGACCAGCUUAGCAUCAGGCCACAGGAAGCCGGUGGAGCUCUGAUUAAUGGGACAGGAAGUGGUUUCAGAAUAAAGGUCAUCAGAGCGGUUGUCAUGGUGAUGCAUCUCAGAGGUGACUUGUUAACUUGAGGAAGUGAUCUGGAGCUUCACCUGGUGGCAGGAACACAUCACCGCAGGUUGAGGAUCCAGAGAUCCUAUUCCAGUCAUGAUAAUAUUACAUUAAAGUUAAAGUACUAUGUAUUGCAGCUACUCCUGAAUAAACAUCAUCUUAAAGUUACUGAAGUAACUGAGUAAAUGUAACUAGUUACUCUGCAGUGAAGAGGACAGAGGGUGAGUGAAUAAAACCCUCAAGGAAUGAAAUGACUUUCUGAGGACGAAACAGGAAGCUGACAAACAUUCAUGAGCUCAGAAAAUCCUCCAGAUCGCCUCCAGCAGAUUAAAGAUGGCCGCCACGAAGACUGCAGGACGCCAUCAUGGUGGACAUGGACUCUGUCCUCUAAGGAAGACAAUUAGUAUACAGGCAGACGACCAGCAGCUUUAGGACUCCCCCUCCUUCAGGUGAGCCUGGUACUGAAGGAAGUCCAGAAGUUCUGGUAUGAACCCGGUUCAUGUACCGGGCCUUAGGGAAACAGUUCUGAUGUCCUCCAGUGAGCAGAACCAAAGCAGCGGUUCUGUGGGCCACCUCCAUGUUUAAGAUAGCAGUAAAGACACAGAGCCGCCCAGCAGGGGGCGCCACAGUAGACACAAGGCUUUUAUUGUUUGAUUCAGUGGGAUUACAUGAGAUUGGAUCAGAACCAACACCCAAAGGACAGAAACAGGUCAUGAUUUAAAAAAGAUUCUGAUGAUCAGGAAAUAUUCAGGCA